AUGGGUUUAAAUAUAUUUCAAAAGAAAUCAAAUCAAAUUGAUGAUAUAUCAAAAUAUAAUAUAUCAACCCCUAGAACAAUUAAUAAUAAUAAUAAUAUAACACAAAGAAUUUCACCACAAUCAGAUCCAAACAAUUCAUCAUCUUUAAUACCUUCAUCAAACAAUUAUCAUGUUCAAUUCAAAGUAAUUGAUAAAACUUCACAAAUAAUAGACGAUGAAAAUUCAAAAUUUAUUGAUUCUGCAAGAUCUAGAACUUAUAGAUCUCAAAGAAUAAAUUUACCAAAUAGUUCAAAUAGUGGUUCAAAUACUCCAAAAUCUAUAUUAACUCCUCCUCAACAUAGUUCUCCAAAUUUAUCAGAAUCAACUAGAGACAGAAAAUCAAAGAUUAAAAGAAAUGGUUCACCAAAUGUAUCAGAUACAACCAAAAAGUCAAACACAAAUCAUAAAAAUAUUUCAAGUGAAAAUUUAGAUCAAAUAAGAGCAAGAAGAAUGCAAAAUUCUACUCAAAAGAAGCCAAAACAAAGAAAUGCAACAAAUUCUCGAACUGGAAAGAAUAGACCAUUAAGAAGAAGAAAUAGUAUAGCAUCAUCAAAAGAGUCUUUAAUAUUAGUCAAAAAAAUAACAAAUGAUUCAAUUACUCAAGUUAAGGUAUUAAAACCUUCAAAAACCAAUAAUGAACUUAAUUCACAAAAGCAAUCAAGGAAAAAGAAAUCAAAUGUAAAUUCUAAACCUACAGCUUUAAGUUGUGGUACAAGAAAAAUCAAGCCAAUAAAUUCAAGAAUAAAUGUCCCAUAUCCUGUAAAUGAUGAAAUUAUAAGUAUUAUAAUAACUGAUGAAAAUGAAGAUGAUGAUCAAAUAAAUGGUGAAGAUAUUGAAGAAAUCGAUGAUGAUGAUGAAUUUCCAAAAGGUUUUGAACCAGUCGUUGCAAGGAAAAGUCAAAGUCCAGAAGUUAAUGAAUCCAGUAGUUCUCAACAAUCAAAUCACAAUCAGCAACCAUCAACUCAAGCUGCAAGAGCUCCAAAAUCUACUAGAAAUGAAAGGCAGAUACAACGUCUGAAUACUUUACGACAAUUAAAUGGUAGUCAACAGCAACAGCAACAGCAACAGCAACAACAACAACAACGUAAUUCACAAGCAAGCAUUCCACAACUUCAAAUUAGUGUACCAUUAAAUCAAACAACAACUGAGAAUACAACCAAUAGUUUAUAUUCCUCGGGAACUACAACAGAAGAACCACAAAUUGAUAGAGCUCAAGCUGUUGCAUGUAUCUUGGAAAGAACUGGUUCAACAGCACAAAAUAGUAGAAGAGGUCAAAGAUAUCAGGAUAUAAGAAAACAUCAACAAUUAAAAAAUCAAUCAUCUCGUCAAUCAUCAAUGAACAUGUCAAGAACUGGAACAAUUGAUGAAAAUUCAGAUAAUCAUUUGUUACCAAUGGAAAGUUCAAGAAGAUUGAGUAUAACAUCAACAACUCCAACUUUCCAUACAACGUUUUCAACAAUACCAGCUGCCUCAGGUUCAGCAGCUGCAGUAGCAUCAACUACAGCUCAUGCUGCAAGAAUGCAACAAACAAGAGAAGCAAUAAUUGAAAGAUUGAAUAGAAGAAUUGAUCCAACUCUGUAUUCAUCAACAGAACCAACAACAACAAUAAUAAAUGAAGAAGAGCAACCACCACCAUUAGAUGAGUACGCUAAUUCUCACACUCAUUUCGAUAAUACACCACCAUAUAGAGAAAGGUUACAUAAGAGAAUCGAUUUAAUAUCAUUUGAUCCAAGAUAUCAUACCCCAGUAUUAAGAAUCAACAAAAAACUCAUAAAAAAUUCCCAAAAUUUAAAGAAAACAAUCAAAAAAUUAAUAACAUUAGAUUGUAUUCCUAAAGAAAUCAAUAUAUGGGAACUUAAUAAAAUAGAUGACGUAAGAUUUUAUGAGAUUUUACCUUCAUUAAUUAUGGAUUUAAAUGAUCAUGAUAAUGCUAUUGAACAAGUUAGAUUACAAGAACAAAGAGAAUUGCAACAAAGAGAAUAUGAAGCUGAAAUUCAAAGAGCUAUUGCUAUUUCCAUGGAAGAACAAAGUCAACGUCAAUUAUUUAAAGGGUUUAGAUAUAAAAGUUCAACUAGUCAAGAAGAAGCACAACAAGAAAAUGAAGUUGUUGGACCAUCUAGAGAAAAAAAUUUGCAACAAGAUGAAUUCAUUAACGUUGAUGAAGCAAUGAGCGUUUGGCAGCAACAACAACAAAGAUCACAACAACAAUUGAGAGUUGCAAUGCCUGGUUCAUUUAAUUAUUUGUUACCUGCUCAUGCUAAUUCUUCUGCUUCUUCUUAUAUGACUGCCUAUUGA